AUGGGAGCCUACUCCCCUACCCCGCUAGUCACGCCUCAGGUCAUGCAGAUGGUCCAAGAGAAGGUACUCGUUCCGACCGUCCACGGUAUGAAGCGGGCCCGAAACCCAUUCCAAGGUGUCCUCUACGCCGGACUGAUGAUGACCAACCAGGGCCCGAAGGUCCUGGAGUACAACGUUCGCUUUGGCGACCCGGAAUGCCAACCGAUCUUGAUGCGUCUGAAGUCCGACUUGGUCGACAUCCUGGAAGCUUGUGCCGAAGGGCGACUCGAUUCGAUCGAUCCUCCGGAAUGGGAUACACGCCCCUCCGUUUGCGUCGUGAUGGCCUCCGAGGGCUACCCCGGCAGCUACGAAAAAGGCAAGCCCAUCCGUGGCCUGGAGGAAGCAGCAAAGCUAGAAGACGUAAAAGUAUUCCACGCAGGCACCAAAAUGGAAGGCGAUCAGGUGGUUACCAAUGGUGGUCGCGUGCUGGGCGUUACCGCAAUCGGCGAUACCAUUUCGGCCGCCAAGCUGAAGGCCUAUACGGCCGUCAAAUGUAUCCGCUGGGAUGGUGCCUGGUGCCGCAAGGACAUCUCCGACAAAGCGCUACGACAUUCGUAA